AUGACGCAAUUGGAUAAGAGACUUGGUCUGUGUGAGGACCUUGAGGUUAUUGAGGAUGCCAUAAGUCGAAGAUUGGAGCGCAAUCCAGAGCUGUAUUACUCUAGUUUGGACAAAUUGCAAUCGCUUUGCCGUACAAAAGUUCAUUUACCAUCAUCCAAACAAAUAGUAGGAAAUAAAGUAUAUAAGACUAGCAAGCCACAUAGAUCAUCGAAACAGGUUCAGGCUCAGCUUCAUGAAAUCAAGAUAUUUCUUGAUGACUACUAUAGAAAAUUAAGUGAGUUGAACAAAAUUUCAAAGUUGCCAGAGAAUGAAAGUUCAACAGAGGAUAAACUGAACCAAUUGAAAUUACAGAUAGAUCAGAUCCAAUCUAAUGAUAAACUUGUAUCAAAGUUGGACACAAAGAUAGAGGAGUAUGCUAUGAUAUCGAAACCUACAACGAUUCUAUCCACCAGGGCUGCAGGUCUCCGUAUCAAUGAUGUUUUUAAUAGAGAAGAGCAAUACGGUGAGUACAUGGAUUUGGAACCCUUGUACUCAGAAUGGUUGCAAGCAAGUAAAAAUACAGAGUGUACUUUACUUCAAUAUUUAUCACUGUUCGAAUGUUUCAUAGAUAAGGAUGACUAUUUGAAGAAACCACCAAUGGAUCGCAAAAGUCCCAGAUAUAUGAAUUUUGUGAAAAAACUGUCGUCAUAUGUCGAGGGGUUUUUCCAUCGAAAAUUUUGUAUUAUUGAUAAAACUGUGGUAGUUAGUCAUUUGCAACGUGAUUUCAAAGAUUAUUCGAAUUCGCCUUUGGACCCCAAUGAUUCACGAUUAUUUUGUGUUAUUUGUUCGAAAUAUUUCAAAGGUAAGGCAGUAUUUGAAAACCAUACAAAAGGGAAGCCACACUUAAAGCAAUUAUGUAAGAGAUCAAAUGAAUUAUUUGCUGAAUAUAAGUUACACCGAUACAUGUCCUUACUUCGUGAUGAAUUCGCUAGCACCAAGACUCUUAUCGAAAGAAAACAGGCAUUCACGGCGCAUGAGCGGAUGGAAGAGAUCCAAGAACUUGAAAGAAUUUACCAUGCACCCACUUAUUCUCCACAUGAUGAUGACGAUAAUUUAGAUGACAAGACAGAAAAUUCUCAAGAUAUAAAUGCUGCUGCAACAGUUGCGCUUGAGAUGCCUGUAGGGCCCGACGGUGUCCCAAUGCCCUUCUGGCUAUACAAGUUACAAGGUCUCGAUAUCAACUACACUUGUGAAAUAUGUGGUAACGAGUCCUUCCAAGGUAGGCGCCAGUUCUUACGUCAUUUCCAUGAUCCAAAGCACCAAUAUAGACUACGUUGUCUUGGAAUUGAACCAUCGGCCACAUUCAACGGUAUAGCGACAAUAAAAGAGGCUCAAAAACUGCAAGAAUCACUCGACAAUACAACAACAAAUAAGAAUGCUAUGAAGCCCAACAACAAUGCAUCUGUGGAGGAAGUAGAGGACCGUGAAGGUAACGUUCUCUCUAAUGAAGACUUCCUUGAGUUGCAACGCCAAGGUUUGUUGUAG